AUGGCCCAUGACGCUAACUUUGUUGGCAAUCGUUUGCGACUGAGCGUCUUUCUUCAGUGUAUGGAACAUGGGGAGAUGCCUGCCCGUCCGUCACGCUUCAGGCGAUCUGCUCAAAUAAUGGCCGAACCAGCCAGGUCUUUUGCUCCGCUAUCCUCUCGAGUCAAUUGUGGCGUACCAGCCCUAGAAGCGUAUAAUGGACCGCUAGUGUUGACCUCCAAAGCAUCGAUGGAGACAACAGCCAUCAUGUCCGAUGUGGCCGAAGAGGCUGCGACAGACGAUGAAUCGUUGGGAAACAACAUCAACAAAGAAGGAGAGAAAAUCUCGGAAGAUUCUAUCCCAACUACCGUUGCGGAAAAAACGACAAGAAAUAACAAAGGGCUAUCGAGCAAUCCGAAAAGGCGUCUACCAGUGAACGAGCUCGCCUUGUUGCGGACCACAACACUUGAUGGACUGCCCACGCAGGUUGAUGCCGCUGUCAGCUUUACUACGCCCAUCGCUGUAAUCGAUCCUAUCGAAGAGAGUCAAAUACGUUUCGCAGACUUCUCGCAGCUUGAUCGUCACUGA